AUGGAGAAAAAACAGAGGGCAAAACGGAAAACCAAAGCGUGGAGAGAAGGAGUCCCAACACAGUUCCAAACGGCACCAAUGGCCACACGCCUCUCCUCCCGCCUCCUCAUCCAUUUACCGGCGCCCGCCGCCGCCGUCACCACAACUUCUCCCCGGCUACGGAAGCCCGCCGCAGCACGCACCGCGUCCUACCGGAGGCGCAGGCCACGCCUCGCCGUCUCGGCAGGGGCGGCGCCGAGCGGCGGCGCGGUCGCCCCGGCGGCACCGGCCGGAGAGAACAGGGACGCCGGGCUGACGCCGGCCGAGGCGCAGCGGCUGGUGGAGUUCCUGAAGGCCGACCUGCCGCACCUGUUCGACAACGUGGGCAUCGACCGCUCCGCGUACGACGACCGCGUCCGCUUCCGCGACCCCAUCACCCGCUACGACGACAUCGACGGCUACCUCGCCAACAUCAGCCUCCUCAAGGUCAUCUUCCGCCCCGACUUCUACCUGCACGACGCCAAGCAGACAGGGCCGUAUGAGAUUACCACGAGGUGGACCAUGGUCAUGAAGUUCUCUCUCCUGCCGUGGAAGCCGGAGCUGGUCUUCACCGGGUUGUCGAUCAUGGGCGUCAACCCACAGAAUCUCAAGUUCUGCAGCCAUGUGGAUAUUUGGGAUUCAAUACAGAACAAUGAAUACUUCUCCUUGGAAGGAUUGGUUGAAGUUUUCAAGCAGCUACGAUACUACAAGACCCCAGAUAUAGAAACACCAAGCUACCUCGUUCUGAAAAAGACUGCAAAUUAUGAGGUCAGGAAGUAUCCACCAUUUUCAGUAGCUGAAGCAAAAGGAGAAAAACUAACAGGAUCAUCAGGUUUUAACAAUGUUACUGGGUAUAUAUUUGGCAAGAAUGCUUCAUCUGAAAAGAUUGCAAUGACUACACCUGUCUUCACUCAGGCUUCUGAUGACAAACUCUCAGACGUAUCCAUACAGAUAGCUCUGCCAAUGAACAAAGACUUGAACAGUUUACCAGCUCCAAAUACAGAAGCGGUUACCUUGCGAAAGGUUGAAGGAGGCAUUGCUGCAGUGAAAAAAUUCAGUGGGCGACCAGAAGAGGAAAUUGUGGCCAAGAAAGAGAAGGAGCUACGCUCCCAGCUACUCAAAGAUGGGUUGAAGCCUCGAAAAGGCUGUUUGCUUGCACGUUACAAUGAUCCUAGCACAAAGGACUUUAUGAAGAGGAACGAGGUGCUUAUAUGGCUAAACGAUUUCGCACUGGAGUAG